AAGUUUUUACUGAACAUAUUUUUCCUAGGAACUCAGAGGCCUAGCGAUUGAGGUCACUGACUCCAAAUCACUUACCGCUGUAAGGUCGAACUUUGAGUAGAAUGUUUCACGAGAGGAAGUCUUACAGCGGCUUUCCGGAAGAUCGCUGCUUCUGUAUGGUCCUAUUCUCGUCUUUGCCUGAGAAUAUCUCAGAGGGGCACCUAAAAUCCUCUUAAGACCUAAACGAACUCGGUGUAACCGUUUAUCCACAAAACCUCUUUCAAAGAUUACGAUAAACGAUUAAGUUAACAACCAAUGAAAACCAUUUGAAAGCGGCCUUGUCACAGUUUUGCAUAAUAUUAUCAGAUAUCAAAUUCAUUUAUUCGGAAUUUUUAUUAAAGGAGGAAUUAAACUCUUGAGGGGAAAAAGAUAGUGGAUACUAGUCAUGGAAUUUCACUCAAACCUGCUGCACAUGCUGACCAUGGCACUUCUGGUUGUCAUCAUACUCAUAUUCCUGGUUCUGGCUGGCGGAAUCGGUCCGGACCGUCUGGCUGAGUUCGAUCCAAUUUCAAAAUACGGCCAGACAAAGACUUUCAUCCUAUAUGCACUAAGGUUUCUUACAUUCUUGCCAAUUCCUCAGGCUAUUUUCAAUUUUCUAGGACUUUUCUGUUACAAUACCCAUCCUCAGAAACCAAAACUAAACAGUGCAACGUUGUUUGGACCGUCUCUUUGCUUCAGAACUGUUACUAGAGGAACAUUUCCAGAGCUUCUUAGAAGAAACGUGCAGAAAAAUAUAGACAUAUGUUCUAGAAUCGGUCUAGAUAAUUAUAUCUUAGAAGUUGUGACAGACAAUACCGUAAACUUGCCGAAUUCGCCGCGUCUUAGAGAAAUUAUCGUUCCCGAGGAAUAUGUCACGAGAAAUCGUACAAAGUAUAAAGCCAGGGCUUUAAAUUAUUGUCUCGAGCGUGACGUAAACAUGCUUGCAGACGACGACUGGAUUGUGCACCUAGACGAAGAAACAUUACUCACCGAAUCAUCUGUAAUUGGUAUUCUUAAUUUUGUGAAUGACGGAAAAUAUGAGUUAGGACAAGGAGUGAUUACAUACGCGAAUGAAGAAAUUGUGAGUUGGAUUACAACAUUGGCGGAUCUAGUGAGGGUCGGUAUGGACUUUGGAAUGAUCCGAUUUUGUCUGAAAUUUCUUCAUAGACCAGUGUUUAGUUGGAAAGGAAGUUUUAUAGUAGCUAAAACCGCUGUAGAAAAACAGAUCACAUAUGAUUUUGGUAUGGAAGGGAGUAUAGCCGAAGACUGCUUCUUCGCGUUGACAGGGUGGCAUCAGGGGUAUAAAUUUGGCUUUGUGGAAGGAGAAAUGUGGGAAAAAAGUACAUUUUCUAUUAUGGAUUAUAUCUAUCAGCGUAAGCGUUGGGUGAAAGGUAUUUACAAUGUAUUUUUCAGUAGACAGAUACCGUACCAAUACAAGUGCGGCAUUUCUCUAAUGCUGGUUUCCUGGUUCACAAUGCCGUUGACUGUUACAAACCUUCUGCUGGUUCCGCUGUAUCCGCUACCGAUGUGGCGCAGCGUGAACAUCAUGUGCGGUUUUAUGGGUGCAGUGAUGUUGUUUCUCUUCAUUUUCGGCGCCAUUAAAUCAUUUUCACCGCGGCGGCUUGGAUGGGUUAGAUACGUAUUGCUUUGUUUUGCGCCUGUUUUGAUACUUCCGGUUUCCAUGAUUUUGGAGACAGCUGGUGUCAUUUUGGCCUUUAAAACUAGAAAAAUAAACACUUUUCAUAUAGUUGAUAAGCAGACGACAAAUGUUCAGUCGAGCGUUCAAAUGCAAAUUGUUUAAAGAGGUACAACUCUAGAUUUAUGCCAUUUUUUUCGAAAUUGAGAGCUACUAGAUGCAGUAAGGUUUGGCCAUUAUCCAACAAAACACUAUAAAAUAGCGUCCUUAGAGUUAGACCUCUAUUUAUUUUGUUUUGUAAAAUUUUGCAAUGAUCCCCUGUUGAUAUGAAGCUAUUCAAAAGGUCGCACAGUUUUUAAAAAUCAACCUUUAUAUUUGCAUUUGAUAAACGUCUGGGUAUCUCAACAUUCUGAACCAAAAGGCAAGUUGUUUUUAUAACUCUUUGUAGCGUCAGUAGAUAGAUCCACAAAAGGAGGUAAUAAUUUAAAAAACGCAUUUCUAUUGAAUUUUGGCAAAAUAUAUAGCUGUCAAUGCAAAUCUUUUACAAACUACGGUAACACAAUUUUUCUUAUAUCAUACCAUUCUUUAAAAAAAGAAUGUUCGAACCAGAAUAGUGAGUGAGUGAGUUGGGUUUUACGGCGAAUCGACACAAAAUGGUCAUAUAUCGCCGAGUCGAACCAGAAUAGGAAAAUCGAAUUUCAAAGAUACCUUCUGUGGAAAUCUAUCAUGUAUUAAGCGCUAAGAGUGAGUGUAAACUUUUCGAACAAAUCCAUGACAUUACCAAACUUUAAAGCUAGUCACACAGUAGAAGAAAAUUCAUUUAUUACAUGUUUUUCAGUGACUUAUCGAAAUAUCAGUGUGAAAUUAUAUCUGGUAUUUUCACAGUGAAAUAUAUCAAAUAUGUUUUUUUCACUGGUAAGAAACUUUAUAAUGGGUACAUUUAGUCAGAACAUUAAAUAAAAAGAAAGUUUCUUUGUUUUACAUGUAAGAUCAAAAUAUUUUCCUUCGUGAAUACCAAAUCUUACAUUUUCAGUCGUGAUUACAGUGCCACAAGUGAUAAUAUUGCAUCUGGUGUUCACUCGCGAAAGAUAUUUCAAUAUCACUCUGAAAACACACACACACACACACACACGCACGCACGCACACUGGAACUGUGCGUCUAAAUAAUGAAUUCUGGAAAUCUAACACGUGACAGCAGCGUGCCACUACCAUUUUCUGUAUGCCUGCACGUGUAUUAAACCGGAAGUAAUGGUAUAAUCCUGAUAAAAUAGAAUAAGGCCUCGACCUAGUUCAUUUUCCGAAAAAAUGGAAAUCCGUGUGUGAAUUUAUUCACUAUCAUACUAACAAAAUGACUAAAAAUAAAUAAUAUUUUAAAAUAUGUUGGCACGUGAAAUAAUUCCAAAUAUUGUUUUUUUUAAAAGUCAGCCUGGAAUUUUCGGAUCUCCUUAAUCAUGGGUAUAUAUCUCAAAAUCAAAUACACGGACAUAGAUACAAUUUAUUUGCCUAUAUAUACAAUAUGUUAAUGUACAGCUAUGAGAAGUUGAAUCAAAAUCUACCGCAUUGUAGAAAAGUUUCCGUAUCAAAAUUGUGAUUUUCCCAUAGAACCUCAAUAAAACAUGCACGAGGUCUGAAUUUUUUUAAUAUUUCUAGCAAAAAAAAAAUGAAAAUAAAUAAAUAAAUAAAUGAAUAAGUAAAUAAAAAUAGAACUCACGGCCCUAUCUAUUUUAUUUGCCAAGUUAUCUCUGUAUAUCCUGAAGUUAUUAAAAAAAAACAACAAGGUUUAAUCAAAUUCUAGUGUAAAAAGUGCGAUUUUCUAUUGUUAAUUUCAGACAUUUUGUGCCAUAAUAAAAAUAUAGACAAAUGUGACCGGGUAUGUGCAGGGUCAUAAAGAAACUUUCAGAAUAUUUAUAGCAGAAAAGACAUAUAUCUGAAAAUGUUAUAUUUGAUUUUUAUUUUCAAUUUUCAUGGUCCAUAAAUUUACACCAGUGUACGGAUUUUCCUACGAAAACUUCAUUUUUGACCAAAAAAAUUCAAACGAUUCAAUGCAAAAUAUUCUUACAGCCACCCUGAAGAUGUUUAGAAUGGUGUCUAUAGAACAGCUAGAAAUCUGCGUUACUGCGUAUUUUGUCAGAACAGGGAUAUAGAACAUGAAUAUCAUUCUAUCAUAGUGUGUCCAUUGUACGAGAAUAUAGGAAAAACAUAUUUAAAAUCAUAUUAUUACAGAAGGCCAAAUGUAAUGAAAUUUAUUUCAAACUUCUCAAUAGCGAUAAACAAGCUAUUAUUAGAAAUUUGUCUAAAUUCAUUUAUCAUGCAUUUAUAUACUGAGAACAUCUUUAUUGUAAAUAGUGGUAUACUUUUAGCUCUACGUAUCCAAAUGAUACUUCCGUGUAUAGUUGUUAAAGGUCCAUUACUAAGGGAAAGUGAGUUGGCAAUUUUUUUCAUAGCCAGUGCAUAGACUUCUGCAAGACACUAAAUAAUGAAGAUUGGCAGGUCAAAAUUUACAGAAGGUCUUUGGAACUCAAAGAAAUGUAUGUGUAUUAUGUUAAAAUUUCAAUGAAUCGACAGAAUGACCCCCCAGGUCUUUUUAACUUUCUUCAUACUUCAUAGAAAAAUAAUUGUACGUAUACUGCGAUUUAUUUCGAAUUUCUACAUACCAACUUUCAUUUUCCAAUAAAAUGAAAUAGUUUCUGUGCUUUUUAAAAGAAAUUAAAAUGUUCACUUUCUUUAGUAUUGGACCUUUAAAUGUAUGUCUCAUCCUCAAUAACAAUAUAUGUUAAAUGUAAACAAUUAUUUCAUUCAAACAUGCUUACGUUAUUUCUUAUUUGUAUAAAAUCAUAUGACAAUAUUUUAAUGUAUGUAUAUAUAUUGUAUUCAUGACAAAAAACUGUACAGUUUACGUCAAUAAAAUAUUCUGUCUGUCUGUAGGUCUAUAGAACUUAUCAAAUUAAAAUGAACAUGUACUGCACGAAAACCCUAGUACGGGUUUUGUGUACCAUUUUCGGUACAUACCGUAAAAAAUAGCUAAAAUAUUUAUAAUUCGCCUCUUGAUCUUUUUCCGUUGAUUUUCGGGACAAAAUUUUGCCUGCAAAAUUCAUCAUUAGACAUCAGCGGUAGAUUUAUAAAAAUGAAUUCAAUGAAAUGCAAAAACUCACUGUAUCACACAUCUUUUUAAAACAUUGGUGAAUGCCUUCUCAAAUUAAAAAAUCCGUCACGAGUUUUUUGAGAAUUACUUCCUUAUUGCGCAAGAAAAAUAUUUUUACGUUUAACUUUAUUCAUUUGAAGAUAAAUCACUAAUUAUGUUUAUUAUAUAGCAAAACUUGAUUUUAUAAGAAAAUCCAUGUAUGGGUUUUCGACUACAAAAAAUCCACUUUUUAUUUUUUUAAGGGUUUUGCAGUUUUCUAAGGCAAAAUGAUAGUCUUAAAUAAAGCCUAAAUUGCACUUUUUGCGAUUGUGUUCCACAAAAUAAUUGAACCCUGAAUUAACAGGUAUUUCAAAGAUAUCUACGGAAGAAUAGGUGGAUCAACUAUAAAAUUGUUGAGGAAAAUGAGAAUUUCAUGACGAAAGCUGUUAUAGGUUCUUAGUGCUCCGUAAAAAUAUUUCCGAUUUUUGUAAGUGGGAAGUUUUAAUAUUUUUAAUGCAUUUUGGCAGUGCUCAGAAGCCACUAGGAACCUGAUAAGUGUUUGUUGUUUAAAUUAUAUGUUAUAAAUUGAAAUUUUCACGGAUUUUCUGACGAUUAAGAUUCCUGUUGAUCAUAAAAGUUCCACCGUAUGUUUCAUGUUCAUGUUGCUGUCUUAUAAAUGAUUUGUUACUGCUCACAUAAUUUAACAGAAGAAAAUUUCAACAGGUUGAUGAUUUUGUUCAUUUAAAUAUCUAUAGAAUAAAAGUGUUUGUUAUGUUUUAUUCAUGAAAUAAUUUACUCAUAUUUCAGUUUAUGUUGUAAACAUUUUUUUUUUAAUUUUCAGCUUAGUUGUGCACAAAACUGAUUUUAGCAAACGGAUAGAAAAUAGAAAUUUAUUAUACAAAACAUGAUAGUUUAGAUUACGCUACAUAUACACUAUGGUGGCUGAUUUGAGCCAUUUCGUUUUUUCGUGACCCCGCUAGAGUUUAGAAUAUGCUUCGUAUUUAACUCAUUUUAAAACUGUUUAUACCUUGAGCUCAGUUCAAUAUGCUUACGUUCAGUGUUUUCUUGGUUUAUUGCAUGUUAAAGUAUUUCUUAUAAUGCUCGAAAAUAAAUUUUACAACAAUG